AUGGUGCGACAUAGUUCCGAGGCCCCCAGUACUACUCCUGGGGGACAGACCACCCUGGGCUCCUCGUUCUAUCCACCGGAGUAUAUUUGGAAUUCCCUCUCUGAUACCCAACGCGAUUCAUUCAUGUCCACUGUGUCCGCUUCCCUUGUUGCGGGCGACGGGCAGCGCAAGCGCCCACGUAUAGAUCUCGCAUCCCUAUGGGCCCACUGCUUCAGCAAUUACAUUGCUAUCUGGUGUGAAUUCUUCGCUGCCAAGCACUCACUAUGCAUAAGUGGAAUGGUCCUUUUCCACCGCCGUAUUUGUGACCUUGCCAGGGCAUAUAAGUGGCAGGAGUGUAUCCUGCAAAUGGCCUUAGACCACCACCAGAUGGUCGUCGAUAAAGGCGACCUCACUGUUUCUCUUGGCGACUGGGAAAUUGGGAAAGCUCUCGAGAGCUCCUACCUACGCCCGGACAACGUGCUCCCAGCAAAGACGGCGCCGACUACCCCAACCACACGGUCAACGCGUUCAACCGCCGCCCCAAAUAACGAUUCUGUCAUUUGUGAAAAGUUCAACUCUUCUGCUGGCUGCCACUGGCGAACAUGUCACCGUAGGCACGUCUGCUCUAAGUGCGGUAACGACCAUUCUAUGAUAAGUUGCAACCCGCGUCGCUAUUACAGCAAAAUCGUGUUUCACAUAAAGCUUUACAACGUGUGGUCGGUUUCCUCCAACACUGCUCAAUGGUCAUUCGUCUUGGCAGACCCCGCCUCCAGUCGCUCUACAGCGACCUCGCAUCUUUCCCACCUCACCAGCGCUCUCUCCGCCGCCUAUCCCAUGAUAGCCGCGAGGACCUCGCGUGGUGGACAGACACAAUUCCGUUUUUCAAUGGAAUCCAUUUCUUCGAGAAAAGCCGCCCCCCUAGUUGCCCUCUACACAGACGCGUGUGACUCCGGUCUGGGCCUCUUCUUCUUUUUUACGCCCUCACGGGACUCUGCCAGAGACUGGUUGUCUGCAGCACCUUACCUGCCUUCCACUCACGCCGCUAUUGUGGACGCCUCCUCUGCCUGCGCUAGCGAGGCCCACAUCAACACCAAGGAGGUUACCGCAAUUCUGCAGGCCUUCCUUCUACACAGCCUCCAUUGGGCUCAUCAUCGGGUCCUCGCUUUUACAGACAUGGACGAGCUCCUUUCCCUUACUCCGCCAGCCUGGUUCUCCCGCCAGCCUAUUUUCGUGAGUGCCGGUCACGCUAAGCUGGUCUGGAAUGGUCUUGCAGAGGGAACGAGAAAGGGAUACCGCUCUGCACAGCGCUCAUACACCCGUAGCUGCGCCCUCAAUGGAUUACAGCCGUGGCCAGCAACAGCACCAGCGAUCUACGCUUGGCUCACAGAACGACUGCUGGGCGCAGGUAGGAGCCCACCAGUGAAGCCCGAUACAGCUAUGUCAGAGCUCUCUGCUCUCCGCGCGUACCACGUCGACAACGGUCUUUCUGAUGCAGUUUUUGACCUCCACGCCAAGCAUUUUCGUCGCAUGGUCGAUGGUGCUCGCCGGCUGCAACCCCCGCGCGAAAAGCGAGUUCGCAAUCCAAUCCCACGCACCUCAGUCAUAACCCUAUCAGGGAAUAUUUCACAUCUACCUGCCCAGCCACUAAGGCUCUCAAAAGGCCCAGAGAGAUGA